CCCGGGAGCUGGCGCUGCAGGGGACCAAGUGCGGGCCGGCCCGGCUGGGGGCGGGGGGCUUGGCUGCGCUCAGCCCUGCAGUGCGGAGGUGGCAACAGGUUCCAGUGUGUCCUGCUGCUGGCGCAGCAGGCGCUGCUGGCGCGGGGCACCGAGUACUCAUUUGCGAGACUGCAUACUGCCCCCCACACCGGUUUCCCCCGGUAGGUGGGCUUGCCGGCGGAGGGAGCAAGGUGCAGGGCAGCCCCUUCAGGAGCCGGGAGCGGCAGGCUCCCGCACAACCCCACUGGGGUGGGGGGGAGUUCUUGGAGGCAGGCUUCCUCUCUGUUCAUCCGUGCCGAAGUUGCCUUACCUGCCGCGGUCAUCUUCCCAGACAGACACCCCUGGCCUCCUCCAGGGACCCCUCUCCAAAAAGCCUGCCUGGGCACCUCGGAAGCCCCAAACUGCUGUGGUUAGGCACUGCGGCUUCAGGGAACUGAGUCCUGGAGCGCAGAGGAAGGAGACUACAGGAAGGGGGGCGGGGGGGCGGGGGGUCCCCUGAAAAAGGAGCAGAAUCUGAACAGGCGGCAGAGGAGGGAGGCCUGGGCUGGGGGCAGGAGGACACAGCGCAGCUCCCAGGGGCGCCUGGAUGCAGCCAAUGGGACUCAUACCAGAGGCCAGGCCACGGUGGGCUGUCGCUAAAGAUGAGUCCCAGGCUGGCAGCCCCCGGGCCAGGGAGGGAAGGAAGGAGGGGGUGCUGGAGGCCACUUAGAGGGCCUGGUUCUCUCCCUAGUAUCCCUUCCUUCCUUUUCUCUUUUUACUCCGUGGUUCAGGAGAGGAGUCUUCAUCAGUAGCACUGACCUUGAUUAUCCUGAACACUGACCUUCGGGUGGUUUUGUCAUACAUCUUGCCUUUUACUUAGUUUCCUGGGCUAGAUUCCCAGAAGUGGCCAGAGGGUGUAGAUUCCUUCGCAGCUCUGGACGCAUAGGACCGAUUAAUUUCCGAAGGGCCGGACCGAUGGAGAAUCCUCCGGCACCCAGCAACAGAGCAGCGGGCUGAUUUCACAGCACCCUUGGCAGCACUGGGUGUACUCAUUCUGAGAACGUUUUAGCAAUGCAACAGGUGGGGAGGGUCACCUUGCUUCUUAAAUUUACCCACAUUCCAUACCUGAGCUUGAACCUUUCCCCAACGGUCUGGUACCAGUUGCAUUUCUUCCCUCAAGCGGUCUUUUCUGGUUCCUUUCUGGUUCCUUGCCUGUUUAUCAGAGUCUUAACCUCUUGAUUCAUUUGUAUGAGUUUUAUCUUAUCUGCUCUACAUUUUCCUUCAACUCUGCUGUUUGCUUUCGAUGGGUUUUAAGCAGGGAAGGGACACUUAUCACACCCAGCAUUAUCUUGCUCAGGCUCUCUGUUUAUUACUGACGUAUCCCGCUAAACUGGGAGCAUGGAGAAAGGGACCCCGACGUCCUGUGCGUUUGCCAGCCUGUGUCCGUGGAAGGCGUAGAGGCCACUGGCCUGUGAUGAACAAAGGUCUGGUACAGGGCAGAGCGGGCUAGGGGGUGGUUGAGGCUGGCAGGCCUCCCUGGAAGCGGGGGGAGAGGGCUUUGGAAGCUGGGACGACACCCUGGUCAAGAGCUGUCCAGUGCAGGCCCUCAGCUAGUGCGGAGAGCAGAGGUGUAAGAGAUCAAUUUAAGUACAAAGUACCUGGCUCUUGACCAGGGAGGAGGCAGGGGGAGACGCCGGGGAUAAUUCCCAGGACAGAAGUGUGGUAAGAGCAGAGCAACCCAGUUUAGGACUGGAGGCUCAGAGCUCCUGGGUGCCUUGGGUGAAGCCUGUGCAGGGGGGAAGCCCUGGGGUUCCCCAGAAGCUGUCAUCUGCGCGCCUUGCCCUUGGGCAGAGUUCGGGCCCAGAAGACAACAGCGGGUUUCUGGUCUUGCUUCCUCCUCCCCUCCAUGAUUUCAGUGGCAUCCUGCAAAAACCCAAGGUGGUAGGUGCUUCUGAUGAGCCCAUUGUACAGAUGGGGUCACUGGAGUCGGAGUUGGAGAGGGAGUAGGGCUAGAGGCAGCUUCUGGGACAGGGGCUCUGGGCUCUUACUUAGCCCUACCCCUCCCCCUGCCUCUGGCGGUCAACUGGCGCGGGGCAGAAGAACUGAGGCCGGUCCCCUACUGGGCCCCUGACCUGCCCUUGGCCUCUGCCCCGGCCCCUGUCCCGCUUGGGUGGAAGCCCCAGCUCAGCGCGCCACUUGGGGGCCCACCCGACCGCUUUGCUGGCACCCGUUGGCUCGCUGGCCCCCAUGAGCCCGCCCCCACUGCCCCGCCCCUCCAAACGGCCACUCCACGUCCAAAGGCAGCGACUUCCAAGGUGGAAACUGGGUCCCGCUGCCAGGAAGCAGCCUGCUUGAGAGCGGCGCGGGACUCGGGGCUUCCACGUGCGCGCCUGCCCUGCCAGCCCACCGUCUUCCCCGGAGACCGGGCCCCGGGACGCCCUUACCGGGGAACGGCGCCCGGCUUUGCGCGCUGGCUUUGGCUCGGACGUCCCCGCGCGGCCGCCCGCCGCCCGAUCGCGCUCCAGCACCGGCGGUCCGACGUGCCCGGAGCCGCGAGCCCAUGGAGGGCCUGGGCCGCUCGUGCCUGUGGCUGCGUCGGGAGCUGUCGCCCCAACGGCCCCGGCUGCUGUUGCUGGACUGCCGAAGCCGCGAGCUGUACGAGUCGGCGCGCAUCGGCGGGGCGCUGAGCGUGGCCCUGCCCGCGCUGCUGCUGCGCCGCCUGCGGCGGGGGAGCCUGUCGGUGCGCGCGCUCCUGCCCGGGCCGCCGCUGCAGCCGCCCCCGCCCGCCCCGGUGCUCCUGUACGACCAGGGCGGGGGCCGCCACCGGCGCGGGGAGGCGGAGGCCGAGGAGUGGGAGGCCGACUCGGUGCUGGGCACCCUGCUCCAGAAGCUGCGGGAGGAAGGCUACCUAGCGUACUACCUGCAGGGUGGCUUCAGCAGAUUCCAGGCGGAGUGUCCCCACCUGUGUGAGACCAGCCUCAGCAGCCGAGGUGGCCCCAGCACAGCCCCAGGGCCCAGCCCCGUGGUGGGGCUGGGUGGCCUCUGCCUGGGCUCUGACUGCUCUGAUGCCGAAUCUGAGCCGGACCGCGAUGGCAUGAGCUGUGGCCUGGAUUCGGAGGGUGCCACACCGCCCCCAGCAGGGCUGCUGCCCUCCUUCCCUGUCCAGAUCCUGCCCAACCUCUACCUGGGCAGCGCCCGGGAUUCAGCCAACGUGGAGAGCCUGGCCCAGCUGGGCAUCCGCUACAUUCUCAACGUCACCCCCAACCUCCCGAACCUCUUCGAGAAGAAUGGUGACUUUCACUACAAGCAGAUCCCCAUCUCAGACCACUGGAGCCAGAACUUGUCCCAGUUCUUUCCUGAGGCCAUUGCAUUCAUCGAUGAGGCCUUGUCCCAGAACUGCGGGGUGCUCGUUCACUGCCUGGCGGGCGUCAGCCGCUCUGUCACCGUCACCGUGGCCUACCUCAUGCAGAAGCGCCACCUCUCCCUCAACGAUGCCUACGACCUGGUCAAGCGGAAGAAGUCCAACAUCUCACCCAACUUCAACUUCAUGGGGCAGCUGCUGGACUUCGAGCGCAGCCUUCGGCUGGAGGAGCGGCGCGCCCAGGAGCGCAGCAGCGGGGGGCCCAAGUCCUCGGCCUCCGACCCGCCCUCCUUCUUCACCACCCCUACCAGCGACGGUGUCUUCGAGCUGGACCCCACAUAGGGGCCCGCUCCACCCCCCAGAGGGUGCCCCUGACCACCCGCGGGCUGGCGGGGAGGUGGGAGGGGGCUCAGCCGGAAGCAAGGGGGGGUGGGGGGGAGCGCAAUACCUCAGGGGAGGGCUGUUGGGAAGAGGCCAGAGCCAGGAGCCCCUCCAGAGUGGCUGCGGGGGAGACCUGUCCUACCCACUUGAAACAUCCACGGGAAUCCUAUUAAAUGUGCCUAUAAGCUGGGCCAGGGCCACGGGCCUGACCCGUGCCGCUUUCGGGCGGAACCACGCUCCAGAACCUGCCUCUUCUGCGACUGUUACUUUUUUGUUUGGGGGGUGGGGGGUGGGGGGAAUUCCCAUUCCAAGGGACAGAUCCAGGUGGCUGCCCAUUCUUGGGCCUCGAGCCUCCCUGGAGCUGUUCCCUGCAGAAGGGUGUGUGCCUGCUCUGGGGACCCGCUCACAGUCCCACCCCUGUCCCCAAAUGGCCGCUUCUGGGGAGGGGCUCACCACCAGCUGGUCACCUCCCUGCUUUUCUGCCAAGGCCUUAGGCCCCUUGGGGCUGAGGGCCUCCCCGUGGACAUGGGCUCGGAGGUGCCCUGGCUGCAGGGCAUCCACACCGAGGCCCCUUUCCCGGGCCCGCAGCUCCUUGCAGGCCGGCGCUGCAGGGGCGGGUGUGGCCCGGGGAGCAGCCGAGCCGUUCCAGGCCACACAUCUGGCGCCCUGUUUAUCCACUUGACGUUUGAAAAGAUGCUUUUUUUUCCUCUUCCCCCAGAUGUCUUAACAGGGAUCACUGGGGCUCUUUGUGACCGAGGGCAGCCACACUGCCGCCAGAGGAGAUGGGGGUCUCAGGGCAAGAGCUGGGGGUGGGGAAGGGGAAGGAGGCGGCCUGGGUUUGGCUGCUGCGGGUCCCGCAGAGCCACGGUUGGUUGAUCUGUGGGGCGGGGAAGGGGCCAAGCUGCAUACACAGAGUCAUUCACUGCAGGUCACACCCCUGGUGGGCGGUGUGCAUGCACACGUGUGUGCAUGAGUCCGCGCUCACACACCCAGCCCAGGGCCCCCAGUCCUUGCUGCGGGACCAUCUCACGCUUGGGAAUCCACACCAUGGUUGCUUUCUUGAAUUGUUCCUGAAUAAACUCUUUCUGUAAGAUA